UCCUUUUCCCGGCGGGCAGGCGAGGGUCGCGGCCGGGAGAGCGCCGGGCGGGGCGCGCGUGCUCGGGCGGGGAGGCGCUUGGCCGCUCCCGGACUUCGCCCCGAUCUGGGAGGUCCGGCCGCGUCACCCGGGGGGGUCUCGUGCCGGAUUCCCGUCCCGGAUCUGGCCUGGGGACCGGCGGGUGUCCGCCUCCUCCUCCUCCCUGUCCCGAGCGGCGCGAGGUUCUGCUGCUGUUGCCCUGCAAGGACCCCCCACCCACCCACCCUCUGGUCCCAAGGGAUGUGUGGCUUGGCUCCCGGGAUAAGCUGGCUUCCAGGAGAAGAUGACUCAGAGCCACGUGGGCAUCAACAGGGACUAUGGCGACUGGGAGUGGAGCGCCGACGCGGGCGAGCGGGCCAGGCUGCUGCAGAGCCCCAGUGUGGAGGAGCGCCGGCCUGCCACCACCUCCAUGCUGGGUGCCGUCUUCAUUGUCGUCAACGCGCUGGGUGCGGGCCUGCUCAACUUCCCGGCGGCCUUCCAGAUGGCCGGUGGAGUGGCAGCUGGAAUCGCCAUGCAGAUGGGGCUGCUGCUUUUCAUUAUUGGAGGACUGGUCAUCCUGGCCUACUGCUCCCAGGCCAGUAACGAACGCACUUACCAGGAAGUGGUGUGGGCUGUCUGUGGCCGAGUCCUGGGCGUGCUGUGUGAGGUGGCCAUCGUGGUCUACACCUUUGGCACCUGCAUUGCCUUCCUCAUUAUCAUCGGGGAUCAGCACGACAAGAUAAUUCCAGUGCUGAUAAAGAGCUGCGCCAGAGAAGGGAGGAACUGCUGGUUCACGGAUCGCAAAUUCACAAUCAGCCUGACGGCCAUUCUCUUCAUCCUCCCCCUGUCCAUCCCCAAAGAAAUUGGCUUCCAGAAAUACGCCAGCUGCCUGAGUGUGAUCGGGACCUGGUACGUCACAAUUGUCGUCAUUGUAAAGUAUUUUUGGCCUGAUCAAGGGAUCUCCCCAGAGGCAAUCACAACUAGCCCUUCUUCCUGGGUGUCUGUCUUCAACGCCAUGCCCACCAUAUGCUUCGGUUUCCAGUGCCACGUAAGCAGCGUGCCCCAUCUUCAACAGCAUGAAGUGCCCGCAGUAAGGUCCUGGGGAGUCGGGACAGCAGCCAUGGUCAUCGCCCUCUUUGUCUACAUGGCACAGGUAGGGAGCGGAUCCUCAAACCCAGCUGCUCGCUCUGCCCAGAUAGUGCUGCUCUCCUACCCCUCAGACGACAUCCCAGUGGCCUUCGCCCGAGCCUUCAUCAUCCUCUCUGUCCUGACCUCCUACCCCAUCUUACACUUCUGCGGCAGGUGACCGUCCUGAGGUCUCUGGUUGCGCUACAAAGGGGAAAGCAUGGAGGAAGACGUGACUCGGGAGAGACGCCGACUCUUGCAGACCUUCUGCUGGUUCCUCCUCACCCUCCUGCUGGCCUUGUUCAUUCCGGACAUCGGCAGAGUCAUCUCGGUCAUCGGGGGGCUGGCCGCCUGCUUCAUCUUUGUCUUCCCAGGCCUCUGCCUCAUCCACACCAAGCUUUCCGAGGUUCAGGAAGCUGGAGGAGUGAGCUGGUGGAUGGUGGUCGGCUAUGGGAUGUUCAUGGUUGUCCUUGGCGCUUUCAUCUUUGGACAGACGACGGCCAAUGCCAUCUCCAUGGAUCUCAGGAAGUGAUCCACCUGCGUACUUCUCUGGAUCUAGGCAGUCCCAUGUGGACCUCCAAGUAGCCCAACUGGAGCCCCAGUUUGGGGGAUGCCUCAGCGUUGACAAAACACAACCCUCCUCUUGUUUUCCUGGUCAGCUCUCUGGCUUCCGGUGGCUGUUGGGAGGAGGGCUGUUGGCUUUCACCUGUUGCCCCCCCCCCCAAAAAAAAAACCCAGAGUUCCCAUGGACUUCAGCGGCUGAGGAGGACGUCUCUCCAUUUAGCCAAGGAGCUCAAUUUCUCUGUGUGGACCAAGGAUGGAAUAAAGUGAAUGUAUUUGAUUGUAA